UUAAGCAGGACUCGCUGCCAGAACCAGUCUCUCUCAACAGCGGUAAGUAAAAACAAAAACAAAGAAAGCAAAAAUGGCGUGGAGUGCGACGAUGAUCGGAGCACUACUGGGAUUGGGGACCCAGAUGUACUCCAAUGCACUUCGUAAACUGCCUUAUAUGAGGCAUCCUUGGGAACACGUGUUGGGUAUGGGAUUGGGAGCUGUGUUUGUGAACCAGUUGGUGAAAUGGGAUGCUCAGCUUCAGCAAGACCUCGAUAAGAUGCUCGAAAAGGCCAAGGCUGCCAAUGAGCGGCGUUACUUCGAUGAAGAUGACGAAUAGUUUUCUUGCACACAUGGAUUGUGGCAUCUUUAGAAAAGAUUUCCGUAUUGCAGAACAUGUGACCUUCAAAGUGUUAAUUCAUGGCUUUUUACACACUUGUUUGCAUAUUUUCUCUGUUUCUUUGUAAGGCUGUUGAAAUUUUUAGCUUCUGCAAGUCAUAAGCUUUGUGCUACUUCUGGUGUCAACAGACUGAUGUACCUUCCCUAAUAAGUGAGGCUAUGGCGAAAUUUUCUCAUCUGUAAUUUUUCAUUGAAUAUGAAUAUAUUAAGGUCUUUAAAACUC